AUGACCGACCUGAGGGAAAAGGCCCUGAACACCCUGGCCCGCCUGGGCGCCAGGCCGGCCACGUCAUUUUUGGAGGACGGCGUAGCCAGCGUGGUGCGGGAUGUAUUGGACGAGGCUGGGGUGCCCCACCGCACCGACGCCUACGGCAACGUCAUCGGCCAUCUUGGGGGCGUCUCUGCCGAUGGUUCCGUCCCUCCCAUUGCCUUCAUGGCCCACAUGGACCACCCGGGCUUCGAAGCCGUGGCUAGGGACGGCGACUUCCUGGUCGGCUCUGCUAUGGGCGGCGUACCCCAGUCAUCUUUUGAGGCUGGCGUUCCUCUGCAGGUCCUGCUCCCUGACGGCCAGCGGUUGGCUGCAGCAACCGCCGGGCUGUACGGCGAGGCUUCGGAAAGGAAAACGCUUAUCAGCCUGGCAGACUCAGGCCGUCUCGCUGAAGUGCCACUACCUUCCUCCGUGAUAUUUGACCUGGUGGACUUCCAAUUGGAGGACGGUUAUAUCCGGAUGCGGGCGCUGGACGACCUGGCCGGCUGCGGCAGCACCUUGGCAAUGCUUAGUGUGUUGGCCUCGGAAAAGCCGGCCGGCGAUGUGUACGGCGUCUUCACCCGCGCCGAGGAAGUAGGCCUGGUAGGCGCCCGCCUGCUGGCCGAGGCGGGCACCUUGCCCAAAGAAACCCUGGUUGUGUCCCUGGAGUCGAGCCGUACCCUGCCCGGGGCGGAGAUCGGCGGCGGACCGGUGAUUCGGGUAGGCGACGCCGGUUUCACCUUCAAUGCCGACGCUGAGACGGCCCUGAUUCGCGCUCGGGAGACUCUGCAAGCCCGCCCCGAGGGGUUCAAAGUGCAACGGCAGUUGAUGAGUGGCGGCACCUGCGAGGCCAGCGCCUUUUCCGUGUACGGUUACCGCACCACUGGCAUUGCCUUCCCCUUGGGCAACUACCACAACGGCGCCCCUGAUGGCGGAAUAGAGGCUGAGUAUAUCCACGAGGAGGACUACCUGGGUGGCGUAGAGCUGAUGCUUGAAGCCGUCCGGAGAAUGCCCGAACGGGAAGACACGGCCUUCCGCCGCCGCCUGCGGGAGAUACCCGCGGAGUUUCGGGAAAGAAUGCUGGGUCCUGAAUGA